UGAAUCCAAUGCGUUGCCAUAUGCUUUACCUUCAAACUAUAUUUGUCUUGGUUGUACCAAUUUUGUUGCAAUUUAGAAUUCUUUUCCCGACCGCUGCUACUUGGAGUGGUAACGAGACAGAUUAUCUGGCACUGCUGGCUUUCAAGUCCAAGAUUGUUCACGACCCAAAAGGAGCUAUGCAUUCAUGGAGUGAUUCUAUCCACUUCUGCAACUGGCAAGGGGUUACGUGUGGCAAGCGACACCAAAGAGUCACCAUCUUGGACCUGCAGGCGAGAAGGUUAGUAGGAUUCAUAUCUCCUUACAUAGGAAACUUGAGCUUCCUUCGAGUCUUGAGACUCAAUAACAACACUUUUCAAGGCGAAAUCCCACCACAAGUUGGCAAUCUAUUUAGACUGCAGGAACUAUCCUUGUAUAAAAAUUCACUGACGGGUGAAAUCCCAGCCAACUUAUCUCACUGCUCCAAUCUUUGGUAUUUUCGAAUUGCUGCGAACAAGUUGGUCGGUAAACUACCAACAGAGCUUAGUUCAUUGUCAAAGCUCAUUCGUCUUACAGUGGGAGCAAACAAUUUUAGCGGAGACAUCCCCUCUUUCAUUGGAAAUUUUACAUCUCUUGAGGUUAUAAGUGCGGAUGACAAUGCUUUCACAGGAUCCAUCCCAGAGGCCUUAGGCCAGCUCCAAAAUUUAAAUUUCCUUGCACUGGGUAUCAAUAAACUCUCUGGUAAGAUACCGUUAUCUAUCUACAACCUUUCAUCCUUGACUGUACUCAACCUAAUAGAAAACCAACUCUCCGGCAACAUUCCAUCCGAACUUGGUUCUAUGUUUCCCCAGCUUCAACAUCUAGGGCUCAGUCAUAACCAUCUCACAGGACCCUUACCUGUAUCACUGCCCAACUUUUCAAAUAUGGAACAUCUUGAACUGAGUGGUAACCAUUUUAGUGGGAAAAUAUCAAUUGAUUUUAGACUCCUGCCUCGCCUCAAUUUUUUAAACUUAGCUAACAAUAAUUUGGGAACUGGUGAACCUGACGAAAUGAAUUUUAUUCCAUCUUUGGUGAACUGUACAAAUUUGCAAGCAUUGGGUGUUGCAGUCAACCAACUAAAAGGAUCCUUGCCAAAGAGCAUUGGGAACCUCUCAGCCACAAUGUCUAUCAUAGCCUUUCAUCAAAACCAUAUAUAUGGAGAGAUCCCUUCCGAAAUAAGCCAUCUAGUGGGACUAACUCUGCUAGGCCUGGCUAAGAAUGAACUCAAGGGCAGAAUUCCCUCCAGUAUUGGCAAUCUUCAAAACCUACUGGAACUGUAUCUUGAUUCCAACUGGCUAGAAGGCGAUGUUCCUAAUACAAUAGGAAACCUCUCAUCCUUGACCAAUUUUUACUUGGAUAACAAUAUAUUGCAAGGAAAAGUUCCUGUGACCCUCGGAAACUGCCAACGAUUGUUAUGGCUAAAUCUUUCUUUCAAUAAUCUGACAGGAGCCAUUCCCAGAGAACUCUUUGGCAUUUCAACUCUUUCAAUUUCACUCAACUUAGCAGGGAACCAUUUCUCUGGGCACCUACCCUUAGAAGUUGGCAAUCUGAAAAUUUUGGCAGAGCUGGAUGUAUCUCAAAAUGACUUGUCAGAUGAGCUUCCAACCACGCUUGGUAGUUGCAAUAGUCUUGUGGCCCUUAUGCUACAAGGAAACUCCUUUAAAGGAUCUGUACCUUUGUCGUUCCAAUCCCUUAGAGGUCUUUCAAAUUUGGAUCUUUCUCGAAACAACUUGUCUGGCCAAAUCCCAAAGUACCUGGCAAAAUUAUCUUUCAAUAAUCUGAAUUUAUCUUUCAACGAUUUUGAGGGUGAAGUUCCAAUCGAAGGAGUUUUCUUAAAUGCAACUGUGAUAUCAAUCUUGGGGAAUCCAAGACUUUGUGGAGGCGUACCUGAAUUAGACCUGCCAACAUGCACCAUGAAACAAUCGAAGAAAUAUCGAACGUCUCUUAAAAUCAUCCUGCUGUUCUCUAUCCCAUCUGUGGUGAUUGUAGUUAUUGUGGUAUCAUCGAUAGUAUUUUGUUGCUCCAAGAAGAAAAACAAAGAUUUAACUUUUAAUUCAUUGUCGAUGAACGCAUUCGAUAGAAUAUCAUACGAUAGCCUCCUCAAAGCGACUGAAGGCUUCUCUUCCACAUACUUGAUUGGAAUGGGCAAUUCUGGCUCUGUAUACAAAGCAAUACUUGGGGAAACAACUGUAGCAGUCAAAGUGCUUAACCUUCAACGUCAAGGGGUGUCCAGGAGCUUCAUGGCUGAGUGCAAAGCCUUGGGAAGAAUCCGACACAGAAAUCUAAUCAAGAUUUUGACUUCUUGUUCAAGUGUUGAUUUUCAUGGCAAUGACUUUAAAGCUAUAGUUUACGAGUUUAUGCCCCGGGGGAGUCUGGAGAGGUGGUUGCAUCCAGAUCCAAAAACAGAAAACUGUCAAGACAAUCAUGUCGUGGGACUUACUCUUCUACAAAGAAUAAAUGUAGCCAUUCAUGUGGCUUCUGCACUAGAGUAUCUGCAUCACCACUGCCACACACCAAUUAUUCACUGUGAUUUAAAGCCAAGCAACAUUCUUCUUGAUGCAGACAUGGUUGCCCAUGUUGGAGAUUUUGGGUUGGCCAGGUUAAUAUCAGAAAUGAAUCCAAAUCAAAGCAGUUCAGUGGGCGUGAGAGGAACCAUUGGCUAUGCAGCUCCAGAAUAUGGGCUUGGAAGUGAGGUCUCAAGAGACGGGGAUGUCUAUAGCUUUGGGAUCUUGCUAUUGGAGUUGAUGAUAGGUAAGAGGCCAACUGAAUCGAUGUUUGAGGCAGGUCUCAAUCUCCACACCUUUGCGAGGAUGGCCAUACCCGACCAUGUGAAGGACAUUGUGGAUCCAAAACUCUUGUGCAAUGAUGAAGAAGAAGUGGUUGCCUUGACCAGCAAAAUGAGGAAGAAGGCAACCACCUGCCCAAGAAAUGACAAUUACAAAAAUGAUUGCUUGAUUCGUAUGAUCAAGAUUGGAGUGGCAUGUUCUGUGGAGUCACCCCAAGACAGGUUGGACAUAAGCAAUGUUGUUCGUGAGUUGAAUAUAACCAGGGACAUUUUUCAAGGGCUUCGAAAGGGCAAUAAUGCUUAAACGUCACCUCCGACACAUUUUCCAUCCUUAUAAUGAUAAAAAAAAAUUAAUAGUUAUUACAUGUUAUUAUUAGUGAUGUGUGCCCUAAUGUUAGAUUUAGAUAAUAUCUAAUA